UACAAUAUGUGGUAUUCAGAGACUCUCUCUUACCUUCACACGACUAACUUGGUGGUAAUCGCUGCCUAUGCCGUACUGAUCACUGUUAUAUUCUUGGCCAUUGUCAAAUUGUACACUUGGAUGACAACAGGUGUAUACCGCGGUACCACCAUCAUGAAAGGCAAAGUCGUAAUCGUCACAGGAUGCAAUUCGGGCAUUGGCAAAGAAACGGCGAAAGAUCUAGCCAAGCGUGGCGCCAGAGUCAUUAUGGCUUGUAGGAACAUGGAGACCGGAUCGAAAGCUAGAGACGAAAUCAUCAACUGUACCGGAAACUCUAACGUGGUUCUCAUGGAAUUGGAUUUGAGCAGUUUGAAUUCGGUACGUCAAUUUGCUGCCAAAGUUAACAAACAAGAAUCUCGAUUGGACGUACUAGUCAACAAUGCCGGYGUGGCCAAUAGCUUUGGUAAAAAAGUUACUGAAGAUGGUUUAGAACUUACCAUGGCCACCAAUCAAUAUGGCCCAUUUUUGCUGACACAUUUACUUUUACCAUUGUUGAAGAAGACUGCCCCCAGCAGGAUUGUAAUAGUCGCSUCCGACUUGUAUAAGUUAGCGAAAUUGAACUUGGCCAAACCGAAUCCGACCAAUCAAUUGCCCGCCUACUUGUACUACGUCUCCAAAUACGCCAACAUCAUGUUCUCGAUGGAGUUAGCUCGCAAACUCAAGGAUAGCAAUUCUGGUGUCACGUGCAAUUGCCUUCAUCCUGGUCUAAUCGACUCCGGAAUAUGGAGAAACGUACCGUUCCCGUUGAACUUUGGCUUGCAACUGAUCGUCAAAACCAUGUUUAAGGUAUGUGUCAUACAUAUAUCAUAUAUGGACAUAUUUAAAACAAAUGGCRAAUCAUAUUACCAAAGUAGCGCAGAAAGCGGUUUAAGAAGUGAUGUCCUAGACGAAGGAAACGCCAAGAAAUAUUGGGAAAUCUGUGAAAAGCUCGUGAAACUUCAACCCAACGACCCAAGACCGUAACACACGUAUUGCGUAUAUAAUGAUAUUAUGUGUUACACACUUUUUAAUCAUACCUAGUGGCUAUGUAUCAAAACGACGAUUGAUUAAUAUUUAUUAUUGACAAUUGUGUUGGUAUAUAUAGCUCCGUUUAUGUUGGUACAAUUAUUAUGUACUAUAUAUUAUGAUGUUAUUGUAUUUUGAUAUAUAAUUAUAAUUUAAAUUGA